AUGCAACAACGUCGACGUCCACCUAUGACACUUUCACCUGUAGCUUUAAAUAAUAAUUUGAAUAGACCUAUACGUCAAACUAAUCGAAGUAUGCCAACACCAAUGAAUCAAUGUUUUGGUUGUUCUCAACCUAUGUAUAAUCAAUAUAUAUCAAAUGUUCUUGAUCAUUUAUGGCAUCCAGAUUGUGUUCGAUGUUUUGUAUGUCGAUGUUUACUUAAUGAACAAUGUUAUUCACGUGAAGGAAAACUUUAUUGUAAAGAUGAUUUUACAAAAAAAUAUAUUCAUCGUUGUUUUGCUUGUCAAAAUCUUGUUAAAUCCGAUGAAUUAAUUCGUCGUAUUCGUCUUGGUCGUAUAUAUCAUGCUGAAUGUUUUAUAUGUAUAAAAUGUAAAUGUACAUUACAAGAUAAUGAUAUAACAUCAUUAUUUAAAACAAAUGAUAUAUUAUUAAAUGAUCUUGAUUAUUUAUGUCAAACAUGUUCUAAUCAAGAUAAAUUAUUAAAUGAAAAUAUUUUAUUAACAAAUACAAAUGAAAAUAAAAUAAUUGAUUCAAAUACAAUCAAUGAAAAACUAUCAUCAUCAUCAUCUGAUAUACAACAAGAAGAAAAAUUAAUAACAAUUAAUAAUGAUAUAACAAAUAUUGAUAAUCAUAUUAAUAAUGAACAAGAAAAAAUGGAUAUUGAUGAAUCUUUAUCAACAAUAAAUAAAACAUUAAUAUCAUCUAUAAAAGAUAAAUCACCAUCACCAAAUUUAUCAAUUCCUAUUUUAUCAAAAUCAACAAAUCGACAAUCAAAAAUUCGUCAAAGUACAAGUAGUAAUGGUAGUAAACGUUCACCAGCUAAAACUAAAACAACAACAACAUCAGUGUCUCGUCAAAAACAGACUAUUGUUAAUGAAAGAAAAGGUCGUUCACCAGCAACAAGAUCAAAAUCAUCAACUAUUACAUCUACUAAUACUUCAACUGUUCAACGACGAUCAAGUAAUCGUCGUACGACAAAAACAACACGUUAUCGAAAACGAAGUUUUUCAAGUGGAAGUGAUGAUGAUGAAACUGAAGAUGAUGAUGAAGAAGAAGAUCACGAUAAUGCUGAUUUAACUGAAGAGAAUAAUAUUCAUGAUAAUGAACAAGAAAAUACUCAUUCACCUAAUGUUAAAACAAAAUCAUCAAAUAAUUCUGAUGAUAAAAAAUCUGAAUUAGAAUCUAAAUCAACAACAAUUAUUUCAUCAAUACCACCGCCAACAACAACAACAAAUCCAUCACUUAUAUCACAAACGAAAAUGUCUGAACCAUUAUCAUUACUUAGUGGUCUUGCAGCAAAUCCAAUGUCAAUAUCUUCAAUAAUGAAACCUGAUUUAACACCUAGUUUUAUGCCUCCAAAUUUUAAUCCAGCAUUUCCAACACCUUCACAAUUUUUACCACCAAAUUUUCCUUUACAAUCAAGACUUCCAAUGCCCCCACCACCAUCAUCAUCAUUAACUAAUACACAAGUUCAAUCUGGUCCUGUAACUGAUUCAAAUUCAGCUAAUACAUCUGAUACUGAUUCACUUGAUCGUUCAUCAAGUCCAUCACAAAUGGAUAUAUCAACAAAUGUUGAACCAGGUACACCAGCACGUCCUAUAACACCAACAAAAAAUUCACGUCAAACAACAACAACACAAAAACCAUCGGCACUUUCUUCAUUACUUGAAUUUGGUACAAUACCAUCAUCAAAUCUUAAUGAUAUACGUUCAAAUAAUACUUCAACAAAUCCAUUUCCAUUUCCAUUUGUUACACCUGGUCCUGGUGUACCAUUUUCACCACAAGCAGCUGCUGGUAUGGCAACAUUUUAUCGUCCACCAUUUGGUGUACCAUCAACAAAUUUACCACUUGAUAUGACACAAACAAAUUCGAAUAUAUCAAAAAAAAAAUCGGAUUUAAUUGAUAAUAAUGAAAUUAUUUCACAAAAUUUACUUGAUGAUUCAUCAUUAACAUCAUCACCAAAAAAGAAAAUAACAAAAACAAAUUCACGUAAAAAAACAAAAAUAGAUAAUGAAAAUGGUAUUGAUGAAGAUAAUAUAUCAUCACCACCACCACCACCAUCAUCAUCACAAACAAAUAAAAAAAAGAAAAAACGAAAAUCUAAUAUAACAGAUACUAAUAAUAUAAAUGAUAAUGAUGAAACAAAAAUUACAAAUGGUAAUACAAAUAAUCAUUCACAUAAUCUUCUUGCUCAAAUGGGUCUAUUAAAUGCUUCAUUUAUGUCAUCACUUCCACCACCACCACCACCACCAUCAUCAACAAAUGGUAAAACAUCAACAACAAAUUCUCAACAAGCACAAUUAGCUGCAAUGUAUUCAAUGGCACCACAUUUUGCUGCAUAUAAUGCAUUUCAAGGUGCUUUUAAUCCAGCUUUUGCUGCAGCUGCUUAUGCUAGUGGAUAUCCAACUCCUUAUGGAUUUCAUCCAGCAUUUACUGCAUCAUCUCCUGGUCAACCAUUUCCAUUUAUGUCACCAACAUCUUCAUCAAAUGUACCAUCAUUAAAUAAUACAUCAACAAAUGAAGAUAAAACAUCAUCUAUUAUUGUACCUGAAACACGACCAUCAAAAUCACGAAAAAAAAGUACUACUAAUGGUGAAAAAAAAAAAUCAACAACUCCUCGAUCAAAUAAGAAAAAAUCUAUAGAACAAACUCCAUCUAUAGAACUUCCUAUAUCAACAGAAAAUGAAUCAAUAAUAACAACAACAAUAUCAUCAACAGAUAUAAUUCCACCAAUAUCGGAAACAAAUAAACGACGUAUAAGUAGUACAGAAAGUGAAGAUUUUGAUGAACAACAACCAACAAAUGGUAAAUCAGGUAAUGAAUCUGAUGGUUCAAUAGAUGAUGGUGAUCGAUCAUUUAAUACUCUUCCAUCUACAUCAUCUUUAACAGCACCUGAAAAAAAAAGUGCUCGUACAACAAUUAAACCACAACAAUUAGAAAUUUUAUGUAAAGCAUUUGAUUCAUGUUCAAAACCAAAUAAAACUCAACGUGAACAAUUAGUUGCUGAUACUGGUCUUAGUCUACGUGUUAUACAAGUUUGGUUUCAAAAUAGACGUUCAAAAGAACGUAAAGGAGGAAAAUCAUCAAAAGAAAAAGAAACACCAUUAGAUGAUGAUGAACCAGGUGAAGAUUCUCAAUCAUCACUUCCACCACCAACAACAACAACAUCAGAAUCAAUUUCUAUUACUAAUACAGAAAUCUAA